AUAGUGGAUUUUUUCCGCCGCGUCACUAAAUAAUUAUCCUAAACGGACAGUAUAUAAUGUACUGAAAUAGUAAAUAAACAAUCAAUGUAAAAAUUAAACAAGAUACAAUGUGUUAAGGUAGUAGUAAGGUUGUUUUUCUAGAUUAAUAGAGUAUCUUCGUAUAUAAAAACAAAUUGAAUAGGUAAAUUCAAAUCUAACGCGACAAAAACUGAAAUUAAUACACCGUUGAGAAGUAAUUUUUACAACUUUUACUAUCAAUGUCCUUGGCGCACGGGAACACGAUUUUUCAUUUAUAGAUUAUCUAAAGUAGGGGUGGUCAAGACUGAAGAUCUUUCGGCGUAACCAAGAAUCGAAGUACAAAUCAAAAGAGCUCGCGUUCUCGUCAGAGUGAAAAAUAAUAAAUGGAUUUAUUGUUCAUUUUGUAAUAAGUGGAUGGGUUUGCAUCGCGACGAUUCAGGUAAUGGCAGCUUUGAAUAUGUCUAUAAAGCACACGUUUGAUGCGUUGGACAAAUGUGGAUAUUCACGACCGUCUGCCAACAAACGGAUACAAAUUAUGGAUAAUGCUGGCAAAAUGGCAAGUUUGUUUUACACGAAGAAAACAAAUGAAGACAUUGACUUAGUCAUUGCUGGAAGUCGUGGAGAAGGUAUAGGUCGUUACUUUGAUUGUGAUUUAGACAGACUUUUUAUACAGCGUUCAGUAAUGUGUUAUGCAGCAUAUCCAACUCCCAGUACCCACGUUCGAUAUGCUGCAGAAUUUCGGCUUGAUUUUCAAAAUACUUCGAACGGCUAUUGUAGAUUAAAAUUAAUAUCGAAACAAUCACAAACAACUUCUGAAGCUAAAAACUUUGCAUUUCUACAAAACAUGGAAACUGCUAUACACAUUGAAAAUGGAGAAGCGUUUCUACGCAAUGAUAAAAUCUUAACAUCGGCUAUGCAGCAUUUAAAAAGGACUGGGUGGUUAGCUCAAAGUGUCAUUUACGAUGUUGACGAUGGACCUUCUAAACCAUACGAAUGCCGAGUUCCUUUCUCUAAAUACGCCUUUAAAAUUGACAACGUGCUUUGUUUUAAAUGUGUACACCCGACUAUCAUUCAAGAGUGGUGUGAUCGUAAAAGGGAGCAUGAUUGGCCGAGUUCAGAAAUUGUGGAACAAGUGAAAGGGGUAGAUGUUCUCGUUGUACCUGUUGGAGAAACAGCAGACGAAGUAUUACAAUGGAGGAUUAGUUUAGUUCUCGCAGAGCUUGUUCUUGCUCAUUCAUUUAAUGAUGUCCAGCUUAAAGUUUAUGGUGCUCUUAAAAUGCUGUCUAAAAACGUGUUUAGGAAAUCCUGCGAUAACAUGUCAUCAUAUAUGAUAAAGAAUGUUGUCUUCUGGGUGUCAGAAAAAACACAAAACUGUGAGUUUGAGCAAGGUAAACUUUUAGAUCGGAUAACAGACGGACUUAUAUUUUUGAGAAAAUGUGUUGAUGAAGGACAGCUUCCGAAUUACAUGAUACCAGGUAGAAACUUGCUGAAAUAUAAGUUGUCAUAUACUGAAAGGGAAAAUGUACUUAUAGACAUUGACAACUGUCUUCAAGCCGGUGAACAUGCUUUCUUAGAAUGCCCAGAGCUUAUCCAAAUGUCUGAUGAAGCAGAAGCCGGUGUUAAUGAUACCGCAUUUAAAGAAUUAGCCGAAGAAUCGAUAUACUCUCUUUAUACAUUUCCCCUAAUGGAAGGUGCAAAGCUGAUCAAAAAGUUAUAUAGCUUGAAAUCGGGUAAAGAUGUUGUAAAAUUCUACCUUAAGAAGAUUUUCCCUAAAAUUAGAGAAAAUAAUCCAUUAGAUUUCUUCUGCCAUAUAUGUAGUAAGACAGACAAAGAAAUCCUUAGAAUAUUAAAACCAUAAAAGACCGGACCAGAUAGAAAAAAUCUAUUUUCAAAAAAAAAAAGAGAUGAUGAUUACUCUUAUAAUUUAGUAAUAAUAAUGACAGAGUUGCCCGCAAUACUACUUCUACACCAUCUUUACCUGACUUAAAGCUCAAUGAAGAGUCUUAUAAAUGAGAAUGCCCUGAAUGUAUGCGAAUAGUUUCGUGUGUUUGUGCAGCUUCCAGACUGAUGACUCUGUGAACAUUAUCUUAUUUACUUUUUAGUUAACUACAAGUAUUUUAGUGCAGUGAUUGUUUUAAUUUUGGAUGUUAUAUGUUAUAAUAAGAUAUCUUAGCACAAUUAUCCUUCUAAUCGAACAGUAUGAUACACAAUUUUGUAGAUCAUAAAACAUUAAAUCGAUAAGUAAAUUUGAUAAGCAGUUAUCUUACACAUUUUCUUAAUUUUUGUAUAUAGUUGUUGACAAGAUUUGACUACAGCAUUGAUUAAAUUGUGUAGCUUAUCAGAGUUAUAGCAGAGACAAGAACUGCAACACAAAUAUAGAUCCGGACCAGCAUGACCAGGUCAUUGUUUGCUGCUUAAUUUAUUAUUUUGACAAAAAAAACAACAACUCCGAAUGGAUGGUUCAGAAUUUAAAGAUUGACCAUUAGACACAAGAAUGUUGUAGGUAAUUCAUCUCUACGAGCGAUGGAGCAGAUAUUUUAGCAAACUGUGACAAUGUUGCCAGUUUUAUCACGUAAAUGCAGGGGCUUUUCUCAGUUUAUUUUGAGUGUACGCCGAGUGAAGGUCUUUGGCCAAAGGGCCGCCAGAGACUUAUGUCAAAUAUAUAUCUAGUGCUAUAUCUAGUUAUCUUAGGGAUGUCUUAGCUAGUUGUACUAUUAUUGUCUUUAUCUAGAUCUGUAGUUAUGAAAAUAACAUAAAGUACUUGUAUUGAAUGUAAGAGAAAUUGGACCUCAUCUAACGUAUUCAUUGUUUAAAUAGUUCAAAAGUUAUUUACUAUUAGAAAAAGGUGUCUCUAUUGUAAUAAAGAUGGGUUUUAUGUCCUUAUUUAGCAA